AUGUCCACCAACCCCCACGACUACAGCGACCCUAAUCGACAGGGUCAGUAUCCACCGCCUCAGUGGAACUCCAGUCAGCCUGAGGACAGUCCAGCUGCACCUCAAUAUCCGCCGGCCUCGCAAUACCCUUAUCCUCCGGCUUCAUACCCCCCUCCUACCGCAGACCACCACCAGUAUCCGCCUCCGCCGCCUCCAUCGCAAUAUCCACCCCCAUCGAGCAUGGCAGCCAUUCAUCCGCAUGUUCAAGGUCCCCAAGACCCAUAUAGACUACCUCCACCACCCGGUGCCUACCGUCCUCCAGAUGUUUAUGCCCAACAAGCACCUCCGCCACAACCUCAAGUCGUAUACCAAGCUGCUGCUCCCAGACAACGGACUGCCAUUGCCUGUCGCUAUUGCCGGAGACGGAAGAUUCGAUGCUCAGGAUUCGAAAGUUCCCAGGAUGGACGUUGCAGCAACUGUAUUCGGUUCAACCAGGAGUGCAUGUUCACACCCGUCUCUUCCCAAGCGCAGGCUUUCGUCCCCGCGCAUGCCGCCUACCCUCAUCUUCGGAAUCCCCAAAAUCAAGGGCGCGGUGGUCCACCAGUGAUGCUCUAUGGAGCUCAUGGUCAACCGUUGCCGCCUCAGCAGCAGCCUCAGCCCCCUGUUGAGGCGACCCUUCCGCCUCCUCAGGGAAUGUACCAACAUCCGUACGGAAGUGCUCCUCCACCCCUUGCGUCCACCAUGCCCGCGGAUCAUAGACCUGCUGGUCGUCGUGGUUCUGGUUCCGGUUUCGAAUACCCCGAUCCAACCAAUCUGGCCCCCGUCACCCCAGCAACAUCUACUGCGUAUCAGCCGCACACUGCUCCCAGUCCUUACUAUCCCCCUCAGCAACAUGAUCGCCGUCCCUCGCCGCAAUCGGCGUAUCCCUACGAUAACCGGCACUCUUCUUCCCCGCACAGUUCUCCAUACCCCCCCAUACAUCCCGCUCAGAGCGCCAUGACGCCUCCCCCUACCUCGACUCCUGGCAGUUCUUCUCGAGGCGGACUGAACGUGCGCGACAUGCUGAAUCCCGGCGAUAGCCAAGGCCGCUCCAGCACCGAUAGCGAUAUGCUGAACGCCUUGAACCGUCGCGGUCUUAACCAGUAA